UUUUUAUGGAAUAGGAGGCAACCACGCAGACAGAUCACCUGAUGGUAAGCGAUCAACGCCGCCCAUGGUCACCCACAACGCUAGAUAAAUCACAGGUGCAUUGCCGGCCUUACAGAAUAGGAAUUUGACUAUUGUUGGGGAUUCAGCGAUUGGGGAGAUUGGGGAAGGGAGGGAUAAUUGGGUCUCCGGUAACCUCACUCGCACGACGAAACACAACGUUAGUUUCUGUGAGGCCGGUGGUAUCACUCCGGUCGAACCAGCCCAUUCGUGCCGAAGCAUGGCUCUCCCACACUUUUAAAUUACAAAUUAUUAUAAAUUUUUUCAUACUUUCACAAUAAUAUCCACCGUCACAUUCUUAUUGCAUUAGUAUAAUUGUUCGGAUUGUUUGUUUUAGCUACAA